AUGAAUGACACAGCCAACACUGUGCUUUUCGGCCUCUCGUACACGAAGGAGAGAAAGUGGAGGUUCGAGCUUCAUGGUACUGAUGCGCAAGAGUCUUCGGGCGCUUGGGAGCCCAGCAAGACGUAUCAAGUGGUGCUGGAAAUGGACGGGGAUGAGUGGUUUGUGUACGUGGAUGGGGUGCAGGUGUACGCAAGCAGAGAAGAACCUCCGGCGGAAGUGACAAAAAUCUUCGAGUCACACCGGAUCUCGCACUUCUACGUUGGCGGCGACAGUGCGGCGGCGGGCGCGGCGAGCAUCCCCCACGUGACGGUGACCAGCGUCCUGCUGUACAACCGCGUACUUUACAAAGAUGAGGUGCUGAAGCUCAGUGCGAGCAAAGUCACACUUCCGCAUGCGGCUGCUCCCGGUGCCGCAUCGGGCCCGGGCAGCAGCCCCGCUGCCUUCAAGCACACUACGGGCUCGAGGCCGAGUGGGAAAAAACGCGACGGUACUGUGCGCGGGUGUGGGUCUCGGGGAAUGCUGCUGGCUCUGUUGGGGCUUUGUGGCGCCGCAGCGGUUUUCUGA